AUGCGAUUAUUUGUCUUGCCGAGGUUGGGGAAAUCGACUAGCGCAAGUCCACACCCACAAGCGGAGAAAUUCACGGCCCUCGACAAUUUCUUUUCUCAAGCAUUCAGCGCAGAGCCAUACCAACAGAAUUUUAACUUCUUUUGGAAGACUGUAGCAAUCAUGUCCAAGAUCACAGUCGCCGGAGUGCGCCAGAAUGUCGAGAACCUUCUCAACUACUCUCUCAAUGAGAAGAAGCGUAACUUCAACGAGACCGUUGAGCUUCAGAUCGGCCUGAAGAACUACGAUCCCCAGCGUGAUAAGCGUUUCUCUGGCACCAUCAAGCUGCCCAGCGUUCCCCGCCCCAACAUGGCCAUCUGUGUUCUUGGUGAUCAGCACGAUCUUGACCGUGCCAAGCACCACGGUAUCGAUGCCAUGUCCGUUGACGAUCUCAAGAAGCUCAACAAGAACAAGAAGCUCAUCAAGAAGCUUGCUCGCAAGUACGAUGCCUUCCUUGCUUCCGAGGGUCUGAUCAAGCAGAUUCCCCGUCUCCUCGGUCCCGGUCUGUCCAAGGCCGGCAAGUUCCCUACCCCCGUCUCCGCCGCUGAGGACAUGGCCGCCAAGGUCACCGACGUCCGCUCCACCAUCAAGUUCCAGCUCAAGAAGGUUCUGUGCCUCGGUGUUGCCAUCGGCAACGUCGAGAUGGACAAGGAGGCCCUCGUUGCCAACCUCAUGCUCGCCAUCAACUACCUCGUCUCCCUCCUCAAGAAGGGCUGGCAGAACGUUGGCAGUCUUGUCAUCAAGGCUUCCAUGUCCCCUCCCCACCGUGUCUACUAG